AUGGUUCUCAUGUAGUGUUUAAGAGCACAGCGCCGCUCAGUCCUCGCGCAUUACUGAUCAACUAUAGUGUGUGACAGCACACAUCUCACGAGAGAGAUGGCAGAAACCGCUCCAGCUCCAGCAGCCCCGCCGGCGAAAACGCCCAAGAAGAAGUCUGCAGCCAAACCCAAGAGAGCGGGUCCAGGCGUGAGUGAACUCGUCGUUAAAGUCGUGUCGGCCUCCAAGGAGAGAAGCGGUGUGUCUCUGGCCGCCCUGAAGAAAGCUCUCGCCGCCGGCGGAUACGAUGUGGAGAAGAACAACUCCCGCGUCAAGCUCGCCAUCAAGAGCCUCGUGACUAAAGGCACACUGGUCCAGACUAAAGGCACCGGUGCUUCCGGUUCAUUCAAGCUGAACAAGAAACAAACCGAGACCAAGAAACCAGCAAAGACAGCGGCACCUAAAGCGAAGAAGCCUGCAGUGAAGAAGACCGCAGUGAAGAAGCCCGCAGCUGCCAAGAAGCCCAAGACUGCAGCAGCAAAGAAGACCGCCGCUAAAAAGUCUCCGAAGAAGGCGAAGAAACCACCAGCCGCCGCAAAACCAGCAGCUAAGAAGGCAGCGAAGAGCCCCAAGAAGGCAAAGAAGCCCGCAGCCCCGAAGAAAACCGCCAAGAGCCCGAAGAAAGCCAAGACUGCCAAACCCAAAACUGUAAAGCCUAAAGCAGCUAAACCUAAAAGGGCCGCUCCUAAGAAGAAGUAAAUGCAUCACUGAAUGUUGAUUUUAACCAAAGGCUCUUUUAAGAGCCACCCACCGCCUCAUAAAGAGCGACUUCACAAUGUUUGUGUGUCAACUGAUUCUGCUU